CAACUAACACGUCUCAAUUGGUCAACAAAUUUAGUUGACACAUGUAUUUUACCUAUUUCAAAUUCAAAAUUUAGAUUGUUAUAAAUCAUUUGGGAUUAAUUAUCCUUCAUUUCAAAUAGAGUCACCUAGUUAGUGUACUUUCCCAUUAUUCCUUAGCCAAAAAAAAAAAAAAAGAAAGAAAGAAAGAAAAACCUAAUUUCCAAAUACAUAUCCACCCCAAAAUCAAGGACUCUUCAAAAGUUUACCAUAAUAAGACAUCCAUGAUGUCACAAAAUCCCCAAAAAGUUGAAAAAAGUUGAUCCACUUCACACACACCAAUCUUUAAAGUUUAUCAUAUUCAUGAAUUCAUUAAAAUUCAUUAAAAAAUUCAAUCAAUAAAAAAUUCAAUUACCAUAUAAUCUCACUUAACUCUAUCUUCCUCUACAAGAGACCACCGCACCGCUUCUAAAGCUGAGCAGACUCUGCCGAGUCGGUCAUUCUCGUAAUUUCCACCAACUUGGAUGGCAAGCCACUAACCCCCUUUCAAAACCUCUCCCCAAAACCCCCUCCAAAAUCUCCACCCAUUUCCCUUCCCCCAAAUCCCUACACUCAAGCUCUUUCUUCUUCCUCCUCACUCUCCCUAUUUUUUUUCCGAUUUUUUUUCCCAAAACCGAAAAAAAAAAAAAAAAAAAAAACACAGAGACAAAGACAAAAACCUGAAAAUCAAACGUUAAACACGCGACGUAGCAACAACAAUGGAAGACUACAUGAGAGGCUGUACGAGGAAGCUGGCGCUCUGGUACACGCGGACGUUCAAGCCCAUUAUGACCCACGACGAGCUCGAGCCCAUCAUGGCCACCUUCGGCUUCGUCGGCCUGCCACCGGCGGCCUCCGCCAAGGAGUACGUCUUCUCCGCCGCUGUCGGCCGCCGGAACAAGUGGGUCCGGGCGGUGGAACCGCCGUUUCCGAGGCCGAGGCUGCCGUACCCGAGAAUCGACGGGCUUCAUAUUUACACGUAUCGGGCGUUUAUCGACGCCGUUAACUUUUACCUUGAGAUGUGUAACAUUUCCGAUCUCUUCCAUGUAAGAGGUAUGCCGCUCCAUGAUCUCAGUCGAAUUAGUGACAGAAACCGAAAGUGGCGGAAAAUGGAAGAAGAUGACAGUGUGUUUGUUUACAGAGAAGGAACACUGGAUCAAGCUACAUUCAAUCUUUAUCACCCUGCUAGUAAGAGCAUCAGCAACAAUCCCAAUAGCAGCGGCAGCGGCGGUCACAAUUCGAUCCUUAUUCGGGAUAAGGGAAGCAAUACCCCUGCCAGCUGCAUUGUUCCUUUGAAAGAUAUCAUAGUAUGAGAGUGAUACUCAUCAAGGUUGUAACUUGGAAGAAUAUAAGCAACAAAAACCUCACACAAUUAUCUUCAUUUUAUAAACCCAAAAUUUUGCUUUCCCCA